UCCACAUCCAUCACGUGACCGCCGCGGAUAAUAAUAAUGUCCUCUCCCUCUCUCUCCACCUCCACGCCAUGCCAAGCCAACAGACAAAACCCGAUCUUGCCGAUGUUAGAGAGAGAGUGUGCGCGCGUGUGAGAAAUGAAGAAAGCAGAGCUGCUUAGCUUUUAGCUGCUGCAGGAGAGGUCAGGCGGCAGAGCAGGAGCAGAACAGAAAUCAGAAAAAGGGAGCAGGAGAGAGAGAGGGGAAAAAGGAAUAGAAGGGAGAGAGCUAGCGAGAAGAUCGCCAAGGAAUUUCAUAGUUUUCCAGAUCGAUCAGUCGCCACCCACUAUUUCCCCUCUCCUCCAAUCAGAUCUCCAAGCUCUUCUUUUUUUAAAUGAUUUUUGACAGGCGCGCUGCGCUCAUAGGUAAUCGUAGAGUUUAGAAUAGGACUGAGAAAGGGAGGGAGAGAGGAGAGAGAGGAGUACAUAAAGCGGCGCAGAUCUCGCUAAUUGAACCGGCGUGGUGGCUUCGGGAAAGCGAUUCCCAUCGGACAACGGAGCUUUCGCGGACUGGGUGGCAUCCUCCGCUUCCGCGAGGGGGGAUGAUCUCUGUCUCGGCUUCAAUGCUGGAGGCGGAGCCUCCGCCGCCGCAAGUGGCGGCGGAGGAGCAGGAUUAUGGGCGGCGCCGAGCUCUUCGGCGGCUGGCCGACAGACAGUCAACUACGGCAUAGCAGAGAUGGUUGGCCUUCGCGACGUCUACGUAGUGGGCCCUGCCACGUCCUUCCACCCAGCGGCGGUGGCGGCGCACCACGAACCGUUCCACUCAAGCGCGGAGGCCCACUCGGUCAUCCCCCGCCUUACCGCCGCUUCCUACCUCGUCGACGAUGACUCCUCCCGCUCAUCCAAGAUCCAGUUCUGGCAAUCCCAGCCGCUUAUUGCUUCACCUCAACCGCCUGCGCCUACUCAAAACCCUAACCCUAGUUCCACUACAUCCUACUUUCAGAAACCCUCAUCAGUACUGGAGUCAUCCGGCAUCCUCUUUGUAGCUGGGGGACCCUCCACUUGCCAAGACUGCGGCAACCAGGCCAAGAAGGAUUGCAGUCACCGCCGAUGCCGCACAUGCUGCAAAAGCCGCGGCUUUGAUUGCUCGACCCACAUCAGAAGCACCUGGGUUUCAGCCGCGCGCCGGCGUGAGCGCCACCUCAUCGCUUCCGAAUCCGCCAACGCCGCCUCCUCCCCUCCCACCUCAGUUCUAAAGAAGCCCCGUCUCUUAUCUUCUCAUACAACCACCACUUCCCACGCGUCUAACUCCAACACUACUCCCCCUCGUAGCUUCGACACCGGCUCAAGCCACCAGGAUCCGAGCUUCCGGGAGAACUUACCAGGGCACGUGCGAGCGCCGGCUGUGUUUAAGUGUGUGAGAGUUACAUCCAUCGAUGACGGAGAAGACGAGUAUGCUUAUCAUGCGAAGGUGAAUAUCGGAGGCCACGUCUUUAAGGGAUUUCUUUACAACCAAGGCUUCGAUGAAGGAAUUUGCACCGACCUCACCGGAACAUCUACGGCAGCUGAUGUUGAGAAUAAUAAUGUCAACAAUACAAGCAACGCUAUUCCCAACUUCUCGGAACUCCAUCUUGGUGGCGGCGGUGUACGGAACGUACCUCACUCCGACAUGUACGGCUUGGGUGGACUGCUGGGUGGCGCAGCGUUUGGUAACGCAAUAAAUUGAACUUUUUUCUCUCGCACGAGUAAUGGAGUUUGCUUGCUUCAUUCUUAGUGUAAUUUGUAGGCGGCGAUAUUGGUUCAUCUGGCUCAGUCUGCAACUGCUUUCUUCCUUCUUUAUUAUUAUUAAUUCUGAAUAACAGCUGGCUAGAAAAACUGCUUUUAUUCUCUCCUGCUCUUCAUAUUUUUGCAAAUGGAACUAUUGCUGGAUUAAAUAAAUGAUUACUUGUUUAAA